UUCUCUGCAGACGGUUUUAUCGACACUCACCUUCGUCUCUGCACAGUUCAGUUCUCUCUGUCUCUGCGGUCUAGUCAAAGUAAGACAGAAAGUAUGGAAAAAAAUAACUGGUGUCUGAAGAAUGGUUUUAUAUUCUUCAACUGUGUUUUUGGGGGUUCUGGGAUUCUCUUUAUUUGCCUGUUAUACAAGACUGGAUCUGAGAAACUGAUGGAAGAACUGAACGCCCCCAGGAUGAUGAGGUUCUGGGUGUUUGCCAUCGGCCUUGUCGUGAUCUCCAUUUUUGGCAGAUGUUCAACGUGGACCAGGAGUAAAUGCUGCCUCAUCGCUUUUGCAGUCAUCAACGGCGUCGGAACGGCCGUCAUGAUCAUCUUUGGGAUUAAUGUUGCUGUUUUUAAAAGCCAGGUCAUGGAAAGAGGUCAAAGUGCUGAAUUUGCCAAGGAGAUCCUGAAAAACGACGCAAAAAAAGAUUUGCUAAUAUCCCGACAAGAACCUCUUCGGUGUUGUGGAUGGACUGGAGUCGAGGACUGGGGUUCAGACAUCCCUGAAUCCUGUCACUGCACGUCUUCACAUGAACAAUGUAAACCCAGCACACAGGGAUCCACUGAGCCACCAUAUGUUUACUCCAAGUCGUGUGGAGAAAUCAUUGGAGCUGAUGUUGAACAUCUAGCAAAUAUUGAUCUCGGCAUCUUCUUUGGAUUUGCUAUAGCUGCUAUGAUGUGUUUGAUCAUCGCCAUCAAAAUGAUUAUGCAGUUCAGUUGUCAUGACAACGUCGGAGAGCCAGAUAUUGAAAUGAGGGAUUAUUAAAGUUAAUAUAUUUUGGAGGGUUUUGUGCCAGGAUGCAAGAAUAUUGAAAAUGCUUUGCAAACCCCACAGGUCAAUGUAUUCUAUUCUGAUUUAAUUUCAUUCCUAAAUGUUUUCCAGAGUUGGAAAAACUGCUUAGCCUUAAAAUGUUCCUGUUCUGUUUGCUGAAUCUUA